GCGGGGGAGGCUGUGGGCGGGGCCGGGCGGAGGUUGUGGGCGGGGCCUGAGCGCGGCCGCCGUGGCGCCUGCGCCUCCCGUUGUGCAGUGCGUCCCGCGCCGCGUUCGAGUUCUCGGAGGGGAGGGGGCGUUAGCCCCGCGCAGCCGCCGGCGUCGCCGCCAUGGACCUAGGACCCUUGAACAUCUGUGAAGAAAUGACUAUUCUGCAUGGAGGCUUCUUGCUGGCCGAGCAGCUGUUCCGCCCUAAGGCGCUGGCAGAAUUGACAAAGUCUGACUGGGAACAUGUUGGACGGCCCAUCGUGGAGGCCUUAAGGGAGAUCUCCUCGGCUGCAGCACACUCCCAGCCCUUUGCCUGGAAGAAGAAAGCCCUGAUCAUCAUCUGGGCCAAGGUUCUGCAGCCGCACCCCAUGACCCCGUCCGACACGGAGACACGGUGGCAGGAAGACCUGUUCUUCUCGGUGGGCAACAUGAUCCCCACCAUCAACCACACCAUCCUCUUCGAGCUGCUCAAAUCCCUGGAAGCUUCUGGACUCUUUAUCCAGCUCCUGACGGCCCUGCCCACCACCAUCUGCCAUGCAGAACUAGAGCGCUUUCUGGAACACGUGACCAUUGACACUUCUUCCGAAGACGUGGCCUUCUUCCUGGACGUCUGGUGGGAGAUGAUGAAGCACAAGGGUCACCUGCAGGACCCCCUGCUCUCGCAGUUUAGUGCAAUGGCCCAUAAGUACCUGCCUGCCUUAGAUGAGUUCCCCCAUCCUCCAAAGAGGCUUAGGUCAGACCCAGACGUGUGCUCCACCAUGCCCCUGUUGGCCAUGCUGCUCAGCGGGCUGAUGCAGAUCCAGAGUUGGAUCCUGGGCCCUGGGAGGAAGUGCUGUGCGCUGGCCAACCUGGCUGACAUGCUGACUGUGUUUGCGCUGACAGAGGACGACCCCCAGGAGGUGUCUGCAACCGUGUAUCUGGACAAACUGGCCACAGUGAUCUCCGUGUGGAACUCGGACACCCAGAACCCCUACCGCCAGCAGGCGCUGGCAGAGAAGGUGAAGGAGGCAGAACGGGAUGUCAGCCUGACCUCGCUGGCCAAACUCCCCAGUGAGACCAUUUUCGUGGGCUGCGAGUUCCUGCACCGCCUGCUGCGGGAGUGGGGGGAGGAGUUGCAGGCCGUGCUCCGCAGCAGCCAGGAGACAAGUUACGACAGCUACCGGCUGUGCAACAGUCUGACUUCCUUCAGCCAGAACGCGACGCUCUACCUGAACCGCACCAGCCUGUCCAAGGAGGAGAGGCAGGUGGUCUCUGAGUUGGCGGAGUGUGUCAGGGACUUCCUGAGGAAAACGAGCACAGUGCUGAAGAACAGGGCCUUGGAGGACAUCACAGCUUCCAUUGCCAUGGCCAUCAUCCAGCAGAAGAUGGACCGCCAUAUGGAAGUGUGCUACAUUUUUGCCUCUGAGAAGAAGUGGGCCUUCUCGGAUGAGUGGGUAGCCUGCCUGGGGAGUAACAGGGCCCUCUUCCGAGAGCCUGACUUGGUGUUGAGGCUGCUGGAAACAGUGAUAGACGUCAGCACAGCUGACAGGGCCAUCCCUGAGUCUCAGAUACGGCAGGUGGUCCACCUGAUCCUGGAAUGUUACGCAGACCUCUCCCUGCCAGGUAAAAAUAAAGUCCUUGCAGGUGUCCUGCAUUCCUGGGGGCGAAAGGGCCUCUCUGAAAAGUUGCUGGCUUAUGUGGAGGGUUUUCAGGAAGACCUCAAUACGACCUUUAACCAGCUCACUCAGAGUGCCUCCGAACAGGGCUUGGCGAAAGCUGUGGCUUCCGUGGCCCACCUGGUCAUAGUGCACCCAGAAGUCACGGUGAAGAAAACGUGCAGCCUGGCUGUGGUCAAUCUUGGCACCCACAAGUUCCUGGCCCAGAUUCUCACUGCCUUCCCUGCCCUUAGGUUUGUGGAAGAGCAGGGUCCCAAUUCAUCUGCCACUUUCAUAGUGUCAUGCCUCAGAGAAACCGUCUGGAUGAAGUUCUCUACACCCAAGGAAGAAAAGCAAUUUUUAGAGCUCCUGAACUGCCUGAUGAGUCCCGUGAAGCCCCAAGGGAUUCCAGUGGCUGCUCUUCUUGAGCCAGACGAGGUGCUGAAGGAAUUUGUCCUGCCUUUCUUGAGGUUAGAUGUUGAAGAGGUAGACCUCAGUCUGAGGAUCUUCAUCCAGACUCUAGAGGCAAAUGCGUGUCGAGAGGAAUACUGGCUCCAGACCUGCUCCCCGUUUCCGCUCCUCUUCAGCUUGUGCCAGCUCUUGGACGGCUUCAGCAAAUAUUGGCAGCUUCCCAAGGAGAAGCGGUGCCUCUCUUUGGAUAGGAAGGAUCUGACGAUCCAAAUCCUGGAGCUCCUGUGUGAGAUUGUAUCAGCCAAUGCCGAGACCUUCUCCCCGGAUGCCUGGAUCAAGUCCCUGUCCUGGCUCCACCACAAGUUAGAACAGCUAGACUGGACUGUGGGCCUGAGGCUGAAGAACUUCUUUGAGGGGCACUUCAAGUGUGAAGUGCCAGCCACACUUUUUGAGAUCUGUAAGCUUUCAGAAGACGAGUGGACCUCCCAGGCCCACCCAGGGUAUGGAGCCGGCACGGGGCUCCUGGCCUGGAUGGAGUGCUGCUGCGUCUCCAGCAGCGUCUCGGAGAGGAUGCUGUCUCUCUUGGUGGUGGACGUGGGCAAUCCUGAGGAGGUCAGACUGUUCAGCAAAGGCUUUCUGGUGGCCCUGGUACAAGUCAUGCCUUGGUGCAGCCCUCAGGAGUGGCAGCGCCUUCACCAGCUGACCAGGAGAUUGCUGGAGAAGCAGCUCCUCCAUGUCCCGUAUAGCCUGGAAUAUAUUCAGUUUGUUCCCCUGCUCAACCUGAAGCCCUUUGCCCAGGAGCUCCAACUCUCCGUCCUCUUCCUGAGGACUUUCCAGUUUCUCUGCAGCCAGAGCUGUCAUAAUUGGCUUCCUCUGGAAGGCUGGAACCACGUGGUCAAACUCCUCUGUGGCAGUCUGACCCGCCUCCUGGACUCAGUCAGGUUGAUACAGUCAGCUGGCCCUUGGGCUCAAGGACCAGAGCAGGACCUGACCCAGGAAGCCCUGUUUGUUUACACCCAGGUGUUCUGCCAUGCUCUGCACAUCAUGGCCAUGCUCCACCCGGAGGUCUGUGAGCCACUCUAUGUUUUAGCCUUGGAAACCCUCACCUGCUAUGAGGCUCUGAGCAAGACCAACCCUUCUGUCAGCUCCUUGCUCCAGAGGGCACACGAGCAGCGCUUCUUAAAGUCCAUUGCCGAGGGCAUCAGCCCCGAAGAACGGCGCCAAACCCUGUUGCAGAAGAUGAACAGCUUCUGACCUGCGCGGGGAGCUGGGCCCCAACAUGGCGGGUCUGCAGAAGAGCAGCAGCUGCGCGGGAGAAAAAAAGCUGGGCCUCAACGUGACAGGUCUGUGGGGGCCAGACCCAAGCAGCCUGGACUUUACAGUUACGUGAAACUGUCCACAAAAAGUCAUGGCAAUAAUGGUGUAAAGAAAAUAGUUUCUUGGGUAUUUGUAACGUACAAACUAUCAUAAAAAUUCUCCUCUUUUGCAUCUCA